UUGAGUAAACUGAUCAUUUGGUCAAGUGGCUGUUUUUACGGCAUUUUUGCUGGGAGUCUCGGAGUGAAAACUAAAAGGGAAAUUUAUGAACCUUAUGGUAAGAGCUUCCCACUAUCCCCGUUGAUCCACCGUCCUAAAACGAUAAUUGAAUCCUAUUUUAUGGAAGGCGAUUCACAAAGGAACCAAACAAGUUUUAUAAAUUUUUCAGAAAAAUCGCCAGAAUCUUCAACAUUUCCCCCUUGUGGAUUUUACCAAAAAGAUGAUGGCUCUUACAUUACCAAACACGAUCAAGGAUUGGAGGAACGCAAAGGAAGCAAAAAAGCCAUGCAAUUGCCUUUAGGAUUAGAAACUGGAGAUGUAAUCGAUCAUCGAAUUGGAAGGUUUUCUUAUUAA